AUGACUCGCCCCGUGGGCUCUGUGCCCCCUUGGGGCCCGGGGCCUUGGCCUUCCGUCCUGCCCCAUCCACGAGCCGCCACCCGCUCUCGAGAAGCAGGGGGCCUGGGGUCCAGGCCUGGGAGGCCAGGCUCGGACGAGGACCAGUGCAAGUCUCCCAACAGCUCUCGUGGGCCCGGCAGAGGCCACACGGAGACCCUGGCCCAGAAUCAGCCUCAGGACCUGGGAGCAUCGGCCGCUGCGGAUGGGUCUCAAGACCCCGUCGCAGACCAGACGCAGACCCGGGAGCCCCGGGUGUCGUCCUCGCUGGACAGGGUCCCCCUGCCUCCCCUGGACAAGAACUUCGGAAAAGGGAGGCCUGUGGGGUUGGCCAGGGCAGGAGGCGGCUGCACUGACGGCUGGGGAGCCCAGCCACGUGCCAGUGGGUGGGGAGAUGCCUGCCCCAAGAUGGGAUACAACCCCUCCAAGACAGUAGCCUCCGUCCUCCUGGGCAGGGAGGGAAUGAAGAACAAGAAUCUGGUGCCCCUGCCCCAGCACCAGCAGGACCCCAGCCUCAGCUCCAGGCCGGCCCACGAGGAGGUUCGUGAGGGAGCAGCGGGCCUCCGGCCAGGGCUCCCAGGCUCUGCCUCUGAGUGGCGGGCAGGCUCCCACAGGAAGGUGCUUCCUCAGAAGCCUCUUCUGAGACCGCCCGUGUUCCCUGCCAAUCAGGACGCAUGUCCCCUCGGUGUGCCCCCCACUGAUCUGAGCCCCUAUCUCAGCCUGGGCAGCUUUGCCAGCUGGGGCCACCCAGCAAAAGGAAAGGACCCUUCUUCAUUCCCUGUCUGCGAGGACAGCCGGCUGCUGCUGGGCAGGGCUUCCUGGCCGACCGGGCCUGCCCCAGACGCCACACACCAGGAGGAGGCCUCAGGGCAGAGAGGCUGCGGGCUGGGGCGAGGGGCUCUGGCCGACCUGCUGGAGGAAGCCUCUCCCUUCCAGGGGCCCGGAGGGCAGCCUGACUUGCUGCUGGCAGACAGACUGCACACACAGCACACGAGGGGAGAGGCCAAGCCAGUGACCAGCGACUCCUCCACGGGGAAGAAGGAGCGGACUCGGGUCACUUCUCGCUCACGGUGA